CACCGAGGAACCUCAGGAGGAAAUGGACGACUUCUAUGCCAGGACGUCGGAGAUCAUCACGUUUGCGGAACCCGGGCGUACGUUAAAUGGUCAACCACUCCUGGAGUUUCCAACGUCCAGUGGGGAACCAGCAUUAGGGCCUUUCAAAAUCAAAAGAGCGACCCUAUGGGCCAGGGUUGAAUUGAGGCAUAGCCAUCAUUAUCAACACCACAAACAGAGUCAGAGUAACCAAAGAAAUAUCACUCUCUGGGUGUUCAGGGUACGCUGUGGUAACACAACGCAUUUGCGUGGAAAGGAGCUCGGACAGCACCUAGAUAUGGUGACGUCCUUAGGAGUGAAUGUUGGUCAAUUGGGCUGGCAAAAAUUCGAUGUAACGAAAGUUGUCAGCAAUUGGUAUCAGGCGAGCGGAAAUUCGCCAAAGGACAAGCUGACGCUCCUUGUAGAUUGCACGGGCUGCGGAUCGCACGUGCACAUCUCCACGUUCGGAGGUCAUUCACCUCAUGUCAUCGAAUCUACCGUCAAUGACAAAGGUGCGCAAGAUCCGGACAGGCCGUUUUUAGUCGUUCGAACAGAUCCAGCGGCUGUGAAGCGUGUUAGAAGACGAGCAGUGGAGUGUAGCGGCGCCGUUAGGGGUCAGUGCUGCAAGCAGAGGUUCUACGUUAGCUUUUCGCAGCUCGGAUGGGACGAUUGGAUAAUCGCCCCUCAAGGGUACUACGCGAACUAUUGCAGAGGAGACUGUGCAGCAGGUCACAGGACGCCGGACACUUUUUUGAAUUAUUACACGCACGUAAUUGAAGAAUACAGAAAAAUGGAUCGGCUUGCUGGGAUGCAGCCUUGCUGCGCGCCACUGAAAUUCUCUUCAAUGUCCCUAAUUUACUAUGGGCCCGAUUCCAACAUCAUCAAAAGAGAUUUGCCAAAAAUGGUCGUUGACGAGUGCGGCUGUCCUUAA